GAAGCACGAUGGUUGAAUUCAAAUGGAUUAAAAUGUUUUUAUUUCUGAUACUGGGGCUUCAAUUUACAGCAGUAACUGGACAAACUUCCCUCGACAUCACUGUCAGAGAUGGAGAUGAAGCCACUUUGUCCUGUGAAAAUGUGAUGACUGAUCAGGAUAAAUGUAACAGCACUAACUGGAUCUUUGUUUCAACAAACACAGCAGUAGUAGAGCUGAUUAAACUUGGGCAGAUUGGUGAAAAUGCCAAAGAUAAAUCAGACAGACUGAGUGUUACAGCGGACUGUUCUCUGGUUAUAAAGAAGGUCACAGUUGAGGAUGUUGGUCAGUACACUUGCAGACAGUUUAAAUCAGGACAACGACGAGGUCGAGACUCUGUGGUUGAUCUGUCUGUUGUUAGCAUGACUGAACAUAAGGACAAUGAUGAGGUUAAGUUAAGCUGCUCUGUGUCGACAUAUGAUGGGUGCAGACAUACAGUGAAGUGGCUCUAUAGAGGAAGUGAUUUGGACAUAAAUACCAGAGACGUACAGAUACCACAGUCUACCUGCUCAGCCACUGUGGUGUUGUUGACUUCUCAUCUUAUUUACACAUCAAAUUCUAAGUUUUUGCAGUGUGAAGUCACAGAUAUCGACAGUGGAAAAGUGCAGCUGUAUCACUUCAGUCCUCAGUUGUCAGGUAAGAAACCAGGUGAGGCAACAACAACAGAACCUGCAACAACAGCAACACAAGAAGCUUGUGCAGAUUGUUCUGCUCUGAGCUACAUAAUGUUGGUGAUGCGUGUGGUUGAACUCGUCCUCAUCACUGUUGUUACUGUUCUUCUCUUCAGAGCUCGAGCAGGGAACCAGAGACCACCUGAUGACCACACUGUUUCUUAUUCAGUAAGAAGCAGAACAGCGAGGCGUUCAGGUCCAGCAGACAGUCAGGAGACGAAUGAUGAAGAUGAUGGUGCGAUGAACUAUGAAAACUUUGGAGAAUCUUCUGCUUCUGUCAGACUCCGCUGAUCAACCACUUCCAAACCAUCAGCUCACCAGAGAAACGACUCCCUGACUGUUAUAUCAUUAAUAUCGUCUCAGUUUUACAUGACUACUUGAAUUCUUUACAUAAAAAAAGAAUUAUAAGAUCACUUUGAGAUUUUGGCCCCUUGAAUGUUUUGUUGUUAUUCAUCAAAUUAAGAAAUGUUGAUAUGGAUUAGUUUUAGCUUGAAAACAAUAUUCAAACCUGGAUUUUAUCUGUAGUUAUGUAAGAAGCACAGUGUGAAUUUUAUUAAAUGUCUUUUUCUGCAUUCUUUUUUCCAACUUUUCUCGUGUUUUCACUCAUUUAACUUCCUUAAAUCUGCUUUAAAUGCCAGAAUUUGAAUCUUAAUUUAGACUUUAAGACUUUCUUGGCUGCUUUUUAAGUUGCAGCAGCUGCAACUCAGUUUCAUGUUUAAAUUGUACAGAAGAACUAAUUUUAACUUUCAUUUAUCAUUGUUGUUAACAUGUUUGUCAGGAGUUGAAUGAGUCUUCCUG